UCUCUUCUAUCCGUUGCUACUUGCGAGCAGCGUUUAGUGGAAGGUUCCGGGAGGGAAAGAGGAAACUGGUGUUGUGGAUUGUUUUCAUCGGCGAUACGUCUCUACUCCUCUGGAAAGCCCCGGUCGUUUUUCUUGCCAGAGAUGAGUGCGUCCGGGUUAACUGUUGCUCCGCCCAGAUUUCACUUUCGAUGGCGUUCAGAUUGUUUUGGCACAUCUCAGAGAAGCUCUCAAGCUUUUACUGUUCUUAGCAAACCGAAUCGUCGAGAUGCAGCUUGGCCUGUUCUUCAAAGAGCUUGUUUGGCGCUUCCAACACAAAGAAACAAUGCUAUGAUAGUCCGUGCCAUGAGUGCUUCCUUUGGUGAUAUGGCAGACGAUCCAACUGGUUCAGCUGUUUUUCCUCGGCUCAAUGUCAAAGACCCAUACAAACGGCUUGGGAUAAGCCGGAUGGCCUCCGAGGAUGAGAUUCAAGGCGCUAGGAACUUUCUCAUUCAGCAGUACGCAGGUCACAAACCCAGUGUUGACGCAAUCGAAUCAGCUCAUGACAAGAUUAUCAUGCAGAAAUUCCAUGAGAGGAAGAACCCGAAGAUCGACAUAAAUAAAAAAUUCCGCCAAGUGAGGCAGUCCAAAGUUGUCAACUUUGUCUUCGAGAGAUUCCAAACUCCUCCAACUGCUUUCCUUGUCAAAACAGCAGUCACGUUUGCAGUUCUCGCCGCCCUAACGGUCUUGUUCCCUACAGAAGAAGGACCGACUCUGCAGGUUUUGUUAUCAGUGAUAUCUACGUUUUACUUCAUCCACCAAAGGCUGAAGAAAAAGCUCUGGUCUUUCCUUUACGGGACCGGAGCUUUCAUCUUCUCGUGGUUGGUUGGGACCUUCUUGAUGGUAUCUGUGGUUCCGCCGUUCAUCAAAGGACCAAGAGGUUUCGAAGUCAUGUCUUCGCUCUUAAGCUAUGUAUUGCUUUGGGUGGCUUCGAGCUACCUUCGGUAGCGUUCUAGCUCUUUUCUUUCCCUUUUUUGGGUCCCAAAUUCUCAAAGUUUUAUCUCGGAUAUAUGAAAGCACAGAAAAGAGAAAUUGUAUCAUCUUCAUGUGGCAUAGAGAGAGAGAUUUUUUUUGUUCA